AUGGCCAUCCAAACCUACCAAUAUGUCCUCGAUUUCUGGUUCGGGGCAAGAUCCUCGCGCGACUAUCUAAUAGAGAAAUCCUUUUGGUACGGUAGCCCUUCGGACGAUGCGUACAUGAGAAAACAUCUCGGUGGAUUAUAUCAAAAUGCCAAAGAUGGAAAACUCGACUCGUGGAAGGAUGCGGGCGAGGGCGAGGGCGCGUUGGCCCUAGUUCUCUUACUCGAUCAAGUCCCGCGCAACAUCUUUCGUGAUACUCCACAGGCGUACGCUACCGACUCGCAGGCAAUUUCAAUCGCUCAUUAUACAAUUGAUAAGGGUUGGGACAAGACGCUCCCAGUCAUUCAAAGGCGAUAUAUGUACUCCCCGCUCAAUCAUUCUGAAAACCUUAAGGACCAACAGAGGUCGGUGGAAUUGUUUACCGACCUUGGGGACUCAUAUCACCUACGCUGGGCGAAGAAUUUCCACGAUCAGAUCAAACAAAAUGGACGAUUUACCCAUCGUGAUUGGAUUCUGCAUAGAUCAUAA